CUUCUCCGACCCCCCCCCCCUUCUCUCUGACAAACCACUCUUGCAAGGCCACUGAUGCCAUGUGCAGAAGACGUCAGUAGGAGAUGCUCAGGAACUCAGCCCUGCGCAGUCAUGAGCCUGGCCAUCUGGAAGUCGCCUCUUACUCAAUGAAAUGGAGUAAACAUUGUCCAUUAUGAAAUCCACCACACAGGCUGCCAGGGACGAAUGGGAUCCCACCCAAAGCCAAUCGCUGCUCUGACAGGGAAGUUGGCUAGUGCUGCCUGAGACUACUCCAGCCUCCCCCGUCCCUGAUGUCACAAUUCAGAGGCUGCUGCCUGCCUGGGAAGUUGUAGAAAGCUCUGCAGAUUUUCCCUGUGUGUCUACAGGGCUCCCUGAGCCAGGUCCCUGUCUGAUGGCGUUUAUGAAAAAAUACCUCCUCCCCAUUCUGGUGCUCUUCUUGGGCUACUACUAUUCUACAAAAGAAGAGUUCAGACCAGAAAUGCUCCAAGGGAAGAAAGUGAUUGUCACGGGGGCCAGCAAAGGGAUCGGGAGAGAAAUGGCAUAUCAUCUGUCAACGAUGGGAGCCCAUGUGGUAUUGACUGCGAGGUCUGAGGAAGGUCUCCAGAAGGUGGUGUCUCGCUGCCUUGAACUUGGAGCAGCCUCUGCUCACUACAUUGCUGGCACCAUGGAAGACAUGACGUUUGCAGAGCAAUUUGUUCUCAAAGCAGGAAAGCUCAUGGGUGGACUGGACAUGCUCAUUCUCAACCACAUCACUUACACCCCUAUGACUUUCUUCCACAAUGAUAUCCACUCUUUGCGAAAAAUCAUGGAGGUCAACUUCAUCAGCUACGUGGUCCUGAGCGUCGCUGCCUUGCCCAUGCUGAAGCAGAGCAAUGGCAGCAUUGUCGUCAUCUCCUCCAUAGCCGGGAAAAUGGCCCAGCCAAUGGUGGCUCCCUACUCUGCAAGCAAGUUUGCUCUAGACGGGUUCUUUUCUACCAUUAGAAAAGAACACAUAAUGACUAAAGUCAACGUGUCCGUCACUCUCUGUGUUCUUGGCCUCAUAAAUACAGAAACAGCCAUGAAGGCAACCUCUGGUAUAGUCACUAUCCCAGCUGCUCCCAAGGAGGAGUGCGCCCUGGAGAUCAUCAAAGGCGCAGCUCUGCGGAAAGAUGAGGUGUACUAUGGCACCUGGAGAUGGAGCCCUGUCCUACUUAGUAACCCAGGAAGGAAGAUCCUGGAAUUUUUUUCAAUAAAGAACUAUAACUUAGAUUUGUAAGCAACUAGGAACUUCUCAGGCCUAGCAGAGGUCUUGGAACAGUUCUACCUGAUAUUUCUGUGAGCCCCACCCAUGAAAGCACAUUCCCAGAGAUAUACAAAUCUCGGAGUACCCCUAAUCAUAAGAAAAAGUUCCUCUGACACUUGCACAGUGAAAACAUAAUUAUAAUAAAUGUCACGAACCACUCUGGAGCCUGAAGUUGUGAACUUGAUAGUAAGCAUGGAUAUAAAUACAAAGUAGUUAUAUCAACUUUACCUCACAUAGAAAAAUACAAUGGUGCCUAAUAAAACAUUAAAUAUAAUAAAGGUAAUGUCAACUUUA